AUAUUGUGUAUUGCGGAAGAGAAGUGGUGUUGACAUUUUAAAACAAAGAUACAGUAUUGGCAUAAAGUACUUGGGUUGUUGAAGUCCAGAGGUGACAGAAAUGGACCAUGGGAAUCUGUCUUGUGCCAUCUGUCUCGAGCCCUUCAAAGUCCCUGUCACCAUCCCUUGUGGGCACAACUUCUGUUACGACUGCAUCAGCAAGCAUUGGGAGAGGGGGAAUGGAAUAUGCUGUCCGUCUUGUCGGAUGACCUUCAAUGAAAAGCCCCCCCUCAACAAAAAUGUGAACUUGUCCGAUCUGCUGGAGAAUCAUGAAUGUGCUGAAAGUGCUCUGGGCAAUGUAUGCAGCAAGAGGGAGGUGGGGACCUGCAGGCAGCACAAUAAAUCCCUUGAGCUCUACUGCAGAACUGACCGCAUGUGCAUAUGUUGCCAAUGUGCCAUUCAAGAGUGCAAGCCCCAUGACAUCGUGCUCAUACAGGAUGAGAGGAAAAAACAAGAGGUAACACUCAGCAAAAAGAAUCAAGAGUUGGUCAGAUACAUUGAGGGCACGACAAAGAGCAUUGAAGAACUAAAGGACAACAUUGCCAAGACCAAGGUUUUCUUGCAGCAGACAUCCGAGUGGGUGAAUGUGAAGUUCUGCCAGCUGUUGAAGAGCAUGACGGAGAAGCAGGAGGCAGUGCAGCAGUUCAUGCAGCAGGAGAUGGAGGUGGUUCUGACUGAGGCUGAGGGGAGACUCACCAUUCUGGAAGAACGAGCUGAGAAGCUGAGGGAAAACCAGAAACAGAUUGAAACCAUUCAUACUCUACCAGAUAUUCACUUUCUCCGGGAGGCUCAGUUUGUUGCACUGCCAGGCAUUAGGAAUGUGCCCCUGAAUGUUUCCUCAGAUCUUCAAGACACAUUAACCGGGGUGACUGGCAUCUUGUCCAAGAUCUCCAAGCUUCUGCUGGAGGAUCUGGAGAAAGCAAUAAGUGUGGCCAGUGGCCAGGAGAGCCAAGGUUCUCCAGAAGAUAAGCAGAUUGUGGUGGCUAGUAUUCCAGAUCCCAUUGGCUCAAGCUGUUCACCAGUUAGAGAAGGCUUCCGUGCAAAUUACAGGAAGCUCUCGUUCAACCCUGACACAGCCAAUGCCAACAUCUGGCUGUCUAAGGACAGCCGCCAGGCAAAGCACAAGACUUCAGACCCACAGAACUACCCCCCCAAUAAAGCCCGUUUUGAGAACGUCUGGCAGGUGUUGUGCACUGAGGGGUUGUCGGGGGGGCAGCACUACUGGGAGGUAGAGAUAACCAAACCCUGGGCCUACAUAGGGGUGGCUUAUGAUUCAAUACCCAGGAAGGGGAAAGGCAAGGACUUGAUCCUGGGAUUGAAUGAGUUUUCCUGGAGCCUUCAUCUGUCUGAGAAAGAACUCUGUGCCUGGCAUGCAGGCAGGAAGGAGCCAGUCCAGAUCAGGCCCCAUUAUAGGAGGAUCGGUCUCCUGCUGAACUGCCAUGCUGGUACACUCACCUACUAUGGGGAAGGGCAGACCAUCCUGCAUACCUUCUACAAUGCCUUCUCCCAGGAGCUGUACCCAGCCUUCUGGAUUGGCGAAGGUGUGAGUGUCACACUGUGCAUGCCUUGACUGCAGGAACAGCUCUUGUCAUUGGCCAUUUUCUUGUAUCAAGGCUUGCAGUGUUAAUGUAACUCUCACUACUUGUUUUGUAAUGAUAUAAGUAGAAUAUAUCAGUAUUUUUAUUUUUAUAAAUUUAUAGUGAUGUAUUUUAGCUGACGAUGAAGAAGCAAUUGCUUGGCUAUACGUCUCAGAUUAAAUCCUGUCAUCUGUUGCUUCCCAUACUGCUAAUCAAUGUUACCAGUAUGCUUAAAUGGGAUGGGGUGUGUUGGGAUCCACAAAGUGGAUAAUGGAAUCACAUUUGGUGUUGCUACAUACAGUAUAUAUUGUGGUCACUCAUAUAAUAAGGAGAAUGGAGACUGAGCUGACAGGUGGAGAGUUGUGUACAGAGCUAUAAAACAGGAUAUUGUAUUUCUUUUCUUCUCUUUUCAGCAUGGAAUAAACCUUUACAUAAAUACAAUAACCUACCUAGAAAGUGUCUAGUGAAUCCUCCUUCUUUAAAACUAUAGCUACCUUCGAACAAGUAUAAACUCUCUUGGUAAAGCAACUAUCUGCUUCCAGUGUGUCCUUACAGUCUGGGCCACAUUGGCAAGCUGUUUACAAACUCUGAAGAACUGAUUGAAAACUUGAAAACAUAUUCAUGUCAUGAAUGAGAAUGGGACUGAUAGAAUUAAUGUCAUAUGUUCUUUUAGUAUCGUGAAAAAUAUCAAGCAAUUCUCAAGCAAGUAAAAUUAAGAAUCUUAUUUCAUGAUUUUCUGAGUUCUUUAGUACUGUUAACUAUUUCCAGCACUUCCUUGCCCCAGUAAAAACGGUAUUUCUCACUCUUUUUAUAGUGGUUCAGAAAAAAUGCAUUCAAAUUGUUGAAUGUCCGCUAUUACAGAUUAUACAUGCUUUCAUGUGGCAUAUUACAUUUACAGAACUAAAACAUUUUAAUGCUACUUCUAAAUUACAGCUGUUUGUAUAAAAAUAAUGUUUACACAGUAUUUGCACAUAUUUGAAUGUUUUAUAGUAUUGUAUUGAAGGUGUCUUGAAAGUUUACUGGUUUACAUUCUUGGUUUAAAAAUUAUAGGAUUGUGUGUAUUCUAUGAACAUACUGAAAUGCUUGGUUCAUUUUUGUAUGUAUUGUAAAGAAUGUAAAUUACUGAAGAUUCUAAAAUAAAAUUGCAUAUGUAUGA